UGAGGACUCUAAAAGACCAGUUGGAACAUUUCAACACAAAAGUAAAUAUGAAAGAAAAAGAAACGCCAUCUGCUCAGCAACAGUGGAACAUGGAAUUUGGAACUCGCAAUGAACCAAAUGCAAUAGCAACACUUGUAGGGAAGAUCAUGCCUGUCUAUUUUCCGGAAUACACUUAUCUUGAAGAAGGCUCUAGAAUCAUCAAGCAUGAUGACUCUUCCUCAAUAUUGUCAUCGCUUGACGGGAUGCUGGUGCAAUUGCCAGAUGAUUACAGAUCAAGUGAAAAGCUGACAGAGGGAAUAUUGUCCGGUAUUAUCAAGUCAGAGAUAAGUGUGGAGGCUAAAUGCCGAGUACCAGCCGAUUACAAAACUCCAGUGGCGUACAUGGGAAAAUCUGGUGACGACUGGCCAGUUGAACAUGUCCUGCAAACCCUAUGUUCCAUGGCCUCGUCUGGAACAGAUAAACUUCUUUACAUUUCUUGGAGUGAAGAAAGCUCGACGUGUUUCAUCGUGCAUUUCGAUCAAAAUAUAUGGUCCGAUGUGGAAGCAGAAUGCAAAAUGGUAUACGGAGAUAGAAAGCCAAAGAAACCCACGAGGCUCAGCAACACAUCUAAGUUACUCAAGGAAAAGAUUAAGAGUUUCAGAAGAACAAAUGUCGAGUUUUUGUGUGAGGUGUCCUCUCUAACUGCAGUUGACAACAAUGUCUCUGUAUCUUCACCGACCCCCAAAUAUCCAUACAUUUUCAACUCAUCUUCGCGGGAAAUUCAACCAUAUUCAAAUUAUAGUGAAUCCGAUGUCCUUUCAAAAGCAGAACAAGCAUUGAACACUGCGUAUGAGCUCAGUCGAAAAAAGUCCACAGAAGUGUUGGUAUGGAUGCUCAGUACAACCGAUCGGUUAUGGGAUAAAGAAAAGGUGCAUGCUGUUCCAGUCGCCUUUGCAAACGUUGGCUAUAGUCUCCCAACACCAGUUAUGCGAUCGAUGAACGAGGAGAUCAUGUCCUUUUUACAGGAAAAACAAAUAAAAGUUCCGUGCCUCUCAUUCGACGGACAAUGGGCAAAGAUUGCCAAUCGUUCAAAAGAUGGUAAACCACUUACGUUACUCCAACUGCAGAAAGACGUAUGGGCAACCACGAAGAAGAUGACAAAAGAAGAACUCCUGACAAGUUUGAG